AGAGAGGGACAUUCACUCUCUCUCUCUCUCUCUCUUUUAUUUGCCUUAUCUCUCUCGUGGAUAUUUCACGUGGUUAAUUAUAAAAAAAAAUAAUGGCACUCUCGUUAAAAAACGAGGGUAUUAAACGUGUACCAUGGUUUUCAUCUGCAGAAUGGCAUCAGGUAUACAAUCAAAUUUACUCAAAUGACACAGUUCAACAAACAAGAGGUUAUGAAACCCUACUAGUAUGGAAAGCAAGAAUGCCAAAAUUACCAGUUGGACCUGACUGUACAUUGUCAUUGAUACAAGUUUAUUUAAGAGAUUGUGAAUGGAGUCCAAAAAUAAAUACUGGUAAAUUACCAAUGACUUAUGAAAAUGAUCUUUGUCUAAUGUAUUCAACAACAAUUAUGAGAUUUUUAAAUCAUAUAUCAAAUAUUGGUCAUACAAAACAAACAUCAUUAUUUCAAAUAGCUAAACAAUUACAAAUACCAGAAUGGAUUGUUAAUUUACGUCAUGAUACAGCACAUGGACAUGAACUUCCAGCACUUGGAUUAUUAAGAUUAGCAGCAAAUAAAUUAUUAUCAUGGUUACAUGAUGAAUAUUGGAAAGCAGAAGAUCUUGUAUUAGAAAAACAAUAUAUACAAAAUAAUAAUAAUAAUGAUGAUAUCAUUGAUGAAGAUGAAAUUUAUGAUGAUGAUAAUAAUAUUGAUGAAGAUGAAAUUGAUGAUGAUGAUGAUAAUACAAGUUUAUCACAAAAUUUAAUAAAUCUUAUUGAAUUAUGGAUUGCUGUUGGUCUUUAUAUUGAAGCUGAUUUUAAUUAUGUUAAUGAUAUACCAGAUGAUAAUAUAAUAUCAACACUUGAUGAUUUAUUUAAUUAUGUUAAAAAAUCAAAAAAUAAUUUUAAUACAAGUAUUGAUGAUGCUAAAAAAAAUCAUCGUUUAAGUACAGCAAGAUCAUUAUUAUUAAAUGAAAUAACAACAUUAAUAAAUCGUAAUAAAAAUCAUGAUAAUAUUAAAAAUAUAUUAAUAAAUUGUUUAUUUAAAAGUGAAGCUUUUUUACCAACACAAGAAUUAAUGGAAUUAUUUUUAAAAAAUUCAAAUAUAAAAAAAAUUGAUGAUAAUUUACCAAUAAGUAUGACAAUUUUUUGGCAAUCAUAUAUAUCAAUAUUAAAUGAUAAAAAAAUACUUGAUUUAUUAAUUAUAAAAUUAUGUAAAUUUAUAAAUUCAACAAUGGAAAAUAAACAAAGUAAAUUAAUUGCAUCAUUAUGGCUUAAAGCAAUUGGUGAUGGUCUUGUUAAAAUGAGAUUAGCACAACAAGAUUUACAAUUAGUUAAUGAUAAUAAUAAUACAAAAAGUAAAUUAACACCUAAAAAAAUGGGACUUAAAAUACAAGAAAAAUUAAAAAAACAAAAUCCCGAACAUAAUAAUUCACUUUGGUUUAAUAUUACUGGUAAUAUUCCAGUAAUUUUUUUAAAUAAUAAUUUUAUAAAUGACAUUAUAUCAAAUGCAAAUGAAUUUACAUUAAAAUUUAUAAAAUCAUUUUUAAAUCUUGUUACACCGAGAAUUGAUUCAAUAAUUAAAACUAAAUUACUAAAAAUUAUUAAUAUUCAAACAAAUAUUAGUUCUUUAAAUUGUGAAAAUAUUACGAGUGAAGAUGACAUUCAUACUGUUGAUGAUUUGAUGAAAAUAUGUGGAUACAGUUAUGAAAAUGAAGAGUCACAAACAGAUAUUGAUAUUGAUGAAUUAACAAAUAAUGAAAUUGCUGAUGAAAAAAUACGUAAUGAACAUAUUAAAAUUGCUCCAGUUGAUUAUAACUGGUCUGAUUGUUCAUUUGGAAUUUUACCAUGGCAAAUUAAUUCUUUGGAAAUGCUAGAAAUACCAAAAUUAUUGAAUGUUAAUUAUCCAUCAACACCUACUGAUACGUCACUUGGAAUAUUUAAUAACAACAAUGAAUUAUUUGGUCGUCGUGUUAAAUGGGACAAUGUGUUACGUAAAAAUAGAAGAGUUAAAAGAAAGAGACAAAAACGUGAUGCUCAUGUAAUGAUAAAUCGUGCCAUGGAAAUUGUUAAAACAAAAGUAUUUUAAAAAUACUUGCAUUUUUUUUUUUUUUAUUAAACAACAAUCAUUAUAAAAUUGUAUGAAAAUAUUUUUUUUUAUGAAAACUUUUUUAUGUAUAAUAAAUAAAAUAUCAUUGAAAAUA